GGUCCGCAGUGGAAUGUCAUGUGUCGUUCAUGCUGUGAAUAUGAGAAGAUUGUAUGUAAGUGUCCGGCUCAGGGAACCAAGGUGGGCUAUGCUGUCCCCUGCUGCAGAAAUGCCCUGCACCAAUGUGAUCCCUGUAUUAUUCACCAAGGCUGCACUAUUUUUGACAACUGUAAGAGUUGUGGUAAUGGGACGUGGGAGGCACAGGACGAUUUCUAUGUCAGAGGGAAGUUCUGCACAGAAUGCCGUCAGGGCUGGUCAGGUGGAGACUGUCUGACCUGUGGAGGGAUUAUAAAGAGAUUGCAAGGUCAUAUCACCUUAGAGUCUUACCCAAUCAAUGCCAGAUGUGAGUGGACACUACAAGUUAGACGUGGGAUGAUCAUGGAACUCAGUUUCACAGAACUGAGUCUGGAGUUUGAUCACAGCUGUCGCUAUGACUACAUAGAGGUGAGAGAUGGGGACAGCGCAAACUCACCGACAAUUGGUCGAUACUGCGGAUAUGAAACUCCUCCACCAAUCAGAAGCAGUGGAGACUCACUGCAUAUCCGUUUUGUAUCUGAUGGGUAUAACAACUUUGAUGGAUUCUUUGCCACAUUUCAAGAAAUCUCAGCGUGCAGUUCCUAUCCUUGUCUAAAUGGUGGCACGUGCUUUCUGGAUCCUGUACAGUCUUUUCGUUGUUCCUGUCUUCCUGGCUAUACUGGCACACGGUGUGAGAACAAAGAACCAGAGCCAGCACAAAGGAGCUGCUCUCCACUUCCAAACCUCCAUCAUGGUUAUUCUACCAUGGUUUUGGACUUGGGUGAAGCUGUCCAAACAGUGGAAUUUUUCUGCAGCAACUCUUAUGUCCUUAGUGGUGAAAAUAAAAGAACAUGCCUUCCUAAUGGAACAUGGAGUGGUCAACAGCCCAUCUGUGUCAAAGCCUGCCGUGAGCCAAAGGUUUCAAAACUUGUGCGCCGUAGGGUCUUGAAACCCCAUGUUCAUUCCAGGAAGAGUCCACUUCACAGGUUAUACUCCUCAAACAUGCAAGGGCUAUUCGAGAGAAUUCUCCCAAGUCAAGAGUCUCAGGUUUUUGGGGAAUUGCCAUCAGGUUUUCAUCAUUUGUACACAAGCAUUGAAUAUGAGUGUGUCUCUCCCCUGUACCAGCACUUUGGCAGUGCUAAACGCACCUGCUUGAAAACAGGCAAAUGGAGUGGACGUCAUGUUUCCUGUUCACCAGUUUGUGGUAAGCUCUCUUCAGUCAGCUCUCAACCCCCAGUUCACACCCACUGGCCUUGGCAUGCCGCCAUCUACCGACGUUUCCCAAACCGCCACGAAGGGCAUGAGGAAGGCUCAGAUUGGCAGCUGGUGUGUAGUGGAGCUCUGAUGAAUCAGUGGAGUGUAGUGGUGGCUGCUCAUUGCGUGUCAGAGUCUGGAGAGCUGCAGCCUGUCAGCACAGACGAUCUGAAAGUGGCGAUAGGAAAAAAUGACCUCAGCGACCUCAAGGACGUGAAGAAACCGCAGUACAUUCAGGUUUCAAACAUUCUGAUCCACCCCAACUACAACCCGGUGGGGUUUGAUUCUGACCUGGCUGUGCUGAAGCUGCAGGACAGGGCUCGGAUCAGCGAGGAUGUUUUACCUGUGUGUCUCCCCAAAAUGCAGGGUGGGGAGGUGAUCACUCAACAAUCCUACAUUACAGGGUGGUCCACGACCGGCCAACACCAGUCUGUUUCGCACACAGACCACGCAGAGAGGGCUCAGACAGGGCUUAUUGAACUGGUUGAUAAUAUACAGUGCGAGAGACAAUACAUUGAAAACAGAGUCACAGUCAACAUCACUGACAACAUGGUCUGUGGCCACCAGCAUCCUCACAGCCCAUCUACAGUCUGCCCUGUCACGACUGGAGGAAUUGUCCUCAUGCUGUCUCCGGUUCCCUCUGCUUCCCCCAACUCCUUUUCCCUUACUCCCCAAGAACCUAAAAGAGACAAUGACGUGAACUAUGUCUGGGAACUGCUGGGUCUGGUGAGCUUUGGUUAUGAUACACAUGACUGUAAUCCAGAUUUGUACACUGUUUACGCCCGCAUUCCCAACUUCAAAAACUGGAUUCAACAGAACAUUAAGUAA